AUGCGCGGCCUUAGUGGGAGUCCAGGCAAAAGGGCGGUGAAUCUAGUUUCAGAACAAUUCCGAACUUUGGCUUCGUUGCGAAAUUAUCUGGCUCCGCCUCUCGCUGCGGCAUUGCCGCCGAGGUUGUUUUCCGCCGGCGCUCUUCGUUUAAUGUUUCAUCUGGAUAUUAGCUACUCUUUUCCUAUAAAGCCUCCUAUACCUCCUCUGGCUGGUCCUGCUCUUGGUGCUAUUCCAUCCAUGUCACUGCAGGAGUUCCAGCCUAUACUUCCAGCCCAGCAGGCACAACCAUAUGGUUCCGGGUCAUCUCAACAAUUUCAGCCACUUGGACAUGCAAAUGUUGCGAUGCCUCAACCUUCACAAAUCCAAUUUCCUCAACCUAUGCAACAGGUUACUGGUCGACCUGUAGUAGGCAGGCAUAGUAUGCCUCAGGGACCACCUAUUCCCCAGGAUUUUCAGCGAAAUCUUCCGAUGUCAAAUAACCACAUGCCUGGUUCUGGUGGCCCAAAUUUACCUCUUUCUUCAUAUAAUCAGGUAAAUGCUGAUUCUUCUGCCUCCCAGUAUCAGACACAGAUAAAUGAUCAUAGGUUUCCAUCAGGGGUACAACCCUGGAUGCCAAUAAGUAAUCAUAAUGUGAAUUCUGUGACAACUAUGCAAAAGACUGGAGAAUUAGCAGCUCCCUUGGUUGUUCCGGAAGCAAAUUACGUAUUUGACCCUGUUGAGACUAUUCAGUCAGAUUGGAUUGAGCACACUUCUCGGAAGGGGAAAAAAUACUAUUAUAAUAGAAGGACAAGAAUCUCUACCUGGGAGAAACCUCAAGAGCUGAUGACAGAAAUGGAGAGGGCAGACGCAUCAACUGACUGGAGAGAAUUUACAAGUCCUGAGGGAAGAAAGUAUUACUACAACAAGGUUACUAGAACGUCCAAAUGGAGAAUGCCUGAUGAAGUCAAGUUGGCUCGUGAAAAGGACAGCAUUUCGCACGCUUCUGAUUUUGGAUCCAUUCCUGUUGUUAAAACAUCAUCCCCGGGUGCAGAUGGUUCAUUAGUCUCAGUACGCGGUGCUAAAUCAAGCCCAAUUGCUGUGUCACCAGCUGCUAACUUACUAACUAGUUUUGCUUCAGAAUCAUCAAGUUUAUCUGGUAAGGUUUCUUCGAUGAUGAUUGAAACAGUCGAAAUGAAGAAUUCUUCAGAACCUUCUUUGCCAGCUGUUGCUGAUUCGGAGAAAAUUGGAAUAGCAGUAACCUUGGGAAAUUCUGUCGCGCCACCGGUUUCUGAGACUACUUCAGCUCAAGAUGCAGUAGUGUAUGAUGAUGGAUUUUCUCCGGAGAAUAGAGAGGAUGUCAAGAAAGAUGCUGCAAUAACUGAAAUCGGAGGUGCUACUCCAUCAGAUGAGAAAACAGUCGAGCUGGGACCAUUAGUUUAUGAGAGCAAAGCGGAGGCAAAGAGUGCAUUCAAAACACUUUUGGAAUCUGCAAAUAUUGGGUCUGAUUGCACUUGGGAUCAGGCCAUGAGAGCAGUAAUUAAUGACUGGAGAUAUGGUGCUCUAAAAUCCCUUGGUGAGCGGAAGCAAGCUUUUAAUGAGUAUCUGAGCCAAAAGAAAAAACUGGAAGCUGAAGAGAGGCGUGUUAAACAGAAAAAAGCUCGGGAAGAUUUCAGGAUAAUGUUAGAAGAUUGCAAGGAGCUGUCACCAUCGUCAAGAUGGAGUAAGGCAAUCUCCCUAUUCGAACAUGAUGAACGUUUUAAAGCUGUCGAGCGAGCUAAAGACCGUGAGGACCUUUUUGAAGAUUAUGUGGAGGAACUUGAGAAAAAGGAGCAUGCGAAGGCAUUGGAGGAGCAGAAGCGCAAUAGAGUGGAGUACUUAGAAUUUUUAAAAUCCUGUGACUUUAUUAAGGCCAGUAGCCAGUGGCGGAAAGUUCAGGACCGCUUGGAAGCUGAUGAAAGAUGCUCCCGCCUUGAGAAAAUCGACCGCUUGGAGAUUUUCCAGGAAUAUAUACGUGAUUUAGAGAGCAAAGAGGAGGAGCAAAGGAAACUGCGGAUGGAAGAAUUGAGGAAAGCUGAACGUAAAAAUCGUGAUGAGUUCCGAAAACUGAUGGAAGAGCAUGUUGCUGCGGGAAUACUUAAUGCAAAAACUAACUGGCGUGAUUAUUGCAUCAAAAUUAAAGAUUUUGCUGCAUAUCUGGCUGUCUCAUCAAAUACUUCAGGAUCAACAGCAAAAGAUUUAUUUACAGAUGUUAUGGAUGAGCUGGAGAAACAGUAUCUUGAUGACAAGUCACAAAUUAAAGAUGCAGUUAGGAUGGCCGAGAUUGGAUUGACAUCAGCGUGGACGCUUGAUGAUUUUAAGGUUGCAAUCGCCAAGUAUAUUAGCUCUCCACCAAUGUCAGAUACCAACUUAAAGUUUGUCUUUGACGAGUUACUGGAAAGGGCCAGGGAGAAAGAAGAAAAAGAAGCUAAAAAGCGUAAACGUCUAGCAGAUGAGUUCUAUGAACUUCUUCAUGCAUCAAAGGAAAUUACUGCAUCAUCGAAAUGGGAGGACUGCAAAUCCCUCUUCGGAGAUAGAAUAAUGAGUGAUGAGGGCUUGCUGCUUGAAAUAUUUGACAAAUUUGUUAAUGAACUAAAAGAGAAGGAGCGGAAGCGUCAAGAGGAUAAGGCAAGAAAAGAGAAGGAAAGAGAAAAGAAGAAGGAAAAAAAUAGAAGGGAUAAAGGCCGAGGGGAUAAAAGCAGGAGAGAGAGAAGAACCGAGAAAGAUGGUACAGGCAUCGACAAGGCUGAUACUUACAGUUUCGAGGAGAUCAGAAGGUCAGGAAGUGACAGAGAUAAGAAACACCGCAAGCGGCAUAUGAGUUCCUUUGAUGACGACGCUGAAAAUGAGAAAGAUCAUUCAAGAAGUUCGUACAGACAUGACAGUGAUCAUAAGAAGCUAAAACAGAUGGACCGGCAUGAUGUCUGGAGUUUGGAAGGUAAACCGGAGGGCCAGCAUAAGAAACAAAAGCGAGAUCGUCGGAGUGAUUCUCAUAGGGAUGGUGACUAUGAGGAUCACUGGCAAUUUGGUGAGGAUGGAGAAGUUCAGUAGCUUUUUCUUCUAAAUAAUUUCUCAGAUACGCCUUUCAUUGUGUACAUAAUGUAGCGUGAUUUCCCCUCCCCUCAGCUCCCUAAAGAAAAAUAAACAAACAGAAACAAAGUAGUUGAUGAUUUGACAACGAGUUAGAAGUCAAUUCUGUCUUCAGUCUUUGAUUUAAGCUAUUUUAUAAGCA